UUGAUUGAUUGUUAUUUCAGAUUUUCUUGUUUAAAAUGUCCCUGGUGGGAUAUAGUAGUACUGCUAAAACAUCUAAACUCUCUUUAUGGGAUAGAUCAGCUGCGGGAGGUCUUAGUGGAGCUGUGUCAAGGCUGAUUCUUCAACCUCUGGAUGUUGCGAAAAUUCGCCUUCAGCUCCAGGUAGAGAGUGGUGGAGGAAGAACUUACUCUGGACUUCUCCAUCUUCUAGCCAGAAUGCCUAGAGAAGAAGGAAUUAAAUCGUUGUGGAAAGGUCAUGUACCCGCUCAAAUUCUCAGUAUUAGCUAUGGUCUUUCNGAACUGAAAGACAAACGGAUUGACAAAUCUAACGGUUAUUUUUCAGCUGGAUGUGUUGGUACAUUCGUCUCUUUUCCUUUUGAUGUCAUUAGAACUCGAAUGGUUGCUCAGCCUGAGACUAGAAGAAUCUAUAGUUCUCUUGUUGAUGCUGUUUAUAAACUAAAUACAGAGGGAGGCUUCAGAGCUUUUUAUAAAGGUUUUGGUCCAACCAUGGUUGCUAUGAUUCCACAGACUGGGUUACAAUUCGGAUUCUAUUCUUUAUUUAGUCAGGUGAUGAGUAAUUUUGUAACAGUUCACGAUCACCUCCUGGGACACGAAGUUAUGACUGUUCUUGGUAGUUUAUCCUGUGGAGGGCUGGCAGGUGUAUGUGCUAAACUGUCUAUUUAUCCUCUGGAUACAGUGAAAAAACGGCUUCAAGUCUCUGGUUGGGAAAAGGGAAGAGCAGGUUUAGGUAUAACACUUCAAUACAAAGGAGCGGUUCACUGUACAAAGGAUAUAUUGCAACGAGAAGGAGCUAGAGGAUUAUUUAAAGGAGUUUUACCAGCCCUGGUCAAAUCUGCUGCUAAUUCCAGUUUAAAUUUUUGGCUGUACGAGAAUUUUUCCUAUCUAUUGGCGCUCCGACUAGUGGAAAGAUGAUAGGAUAAAAAUAUUAUUUAGAUUUGUUAAUUUAAUAUUUUUAGAUAAUUUAUAGAAUUAAAUUUUAGAAAGUAAAAAACAUGUCGUAAACUUAUUUUGCUUUUUAUGCACUCUGCUGAGUUAUGCCUGUCUAUGACUCUGUUUGUACUGUACUGCAAUGUACUGUACUGAACACUUCCAACAAAAAAUUCCUCAUCAGUAUUAAAUGACGAUUAGUUAAGAUACUUUGUAGAAUUUUUUAAAAUCCUAAUAUCCCUCAUUUGAAAUAAAAAUAGUUAUUAA